GUGUUGUUAACCAAUAAUAGUUCAUGAAGUGUAAAUAUGUUUAAAAAGUCAUUUCGUAUACAGUUAAAAGUCAGAGAUAAAAGGGUGGUGUUAGUUUUAAGAUCCAUAUGAUUGACCACGUUUGUUUGUGGGGUAGUGAAGCAUCUCUUUAAUCUCUCAUCUUUGAAUGUAUGUAGCCUUAGCCAAUCCUGUCCUCACCUUGUUCAGGUAGGAGGUGCUUAGCAUCCCUGACGUGCCGCAGCACAUUAGCGACAGCCGAGGCUGUGUUAUCGGCAUCCGAGCUGGAUAGCUGUAGAUUGUAAAGUAAAUAAAAUACUACUAACUCCCAAGACGGACGGAGAGUCGUCCCCUGGUUUAUGUGUGAGAACUCUGAGAAGCUGCCAGAGGACCGGACAUUUGCCAUAAGAGGGAGAGAGUGAGGACCGGGAGAGCCCUGGACCUUUGGAGGGAGACUGUAGCUGCUGUACUUGAACGUGGCUCACCGCACUGUGUUGCUGCACGCUCCAUUUGCUUGCCGUUGAAACUGCACCUUGCCUUUUGCCCCUUUUCCAUCUUAUUCUCUGACUGUUGCUGGACUCGUGAGUACACCAUUAACACUGUGCACGUGCUUUUUAUUUGUUUAUGCUGGUUAAAACCUAGUGAAACGGCCAUUCGUUUUCGGCCUCCACGCUCACAAGCAUCGACCAGGCCUGCAACGUUUUCUUUACAUUUAAUAGCCCUGCGUGAAUGUGUGUGUGAGUGUGGGCUGUGGACAUUUGAGUUUAUUUGUUUAUUUGAUUUCACAUUUUAUCAUUGGGUUCAUCAUUUGUGUGUCAAACCUUCCAGACCAAAUGAGAGUUUUGAAUAUUUUUAUCAAUGCAUAGGCCUACUUAAAAGUCAACAGUGAACUAUUUGACUAAUUUGGAAAUCCAAUUAGUAACCUUACAAUAAAUAAUUAUUGUUGUUUCCUCUAAAUCCUGUGUUGUGUUUACAAGGGUGAUAUUUUUGUAUACAUAUUAAAUAGGUUAAAGGGAACUUUUAUUUUAAAGGGUAAGUACCAACAUUUUGUGUUACUUCUUAAAUGUUAUUGGAGGCACCGCCAAGUUAUUUUAUAUCACGUUUAUCACAGGUAGCGCCAUCUCCAGACGAACUCAGGCCCCGUCCCACUGUACUACAACACCCCAAUUAUUUGUCAGUUAAUAUUUCCUAGCUACAUGGGACUGGGGUUACAUAAAUGGAGGCACCGCUGGGAUUAGUUCACUGUAUGACCGAUUAAAUUUAAGUAAUUAAGAUCAAAACUCACAUACAAUGAUGGCUCACUCAUCCAACCCCCAGUUACUAGCUGAGCUUCGGAAAUGGUGUGAAGAUGUACAAGUAGAUCCAGCCAAUGCGUUGAUACUGAGUAAUGUACCAACAGAGGCAGUUGUAGCUGAUAUAACAGAGUCACUGGAGGCUGUAAAAGUACUCGGCCGAGUUCGCUAUAAAUCUAAACGAUUAGUCUCACUGCUACAGCAAGACAUGAUACUCUGUGAGUGCCAAAACCCAGUUGACCCUAAAACAGCUCCCCCUGAGAUCUACCCCCUUAAUGGUGGAACCCCAUGGAAAGUGACCCUUCUCACACGUGCCACCUCAUUGCCUGAUGACUUCACACUGAAGGUGCUCAACUUACUACAAAGUGAAGGUAAAUCACUGAAUGAUCUCCAACCAUUAUUUGAGCAAAGCACACCCACACAGUCAGACCCAACCUCCAUCAUUCGUGCUGUGGGAGAGUUGCUGGAAAAAACAAUGCGACCCCCACAAGAAAAUAAUGCUUUCCGCAGGUUACGUGUUUUUUCAGGAGUGAUGCCCACACCUGCAGGGGAAGAGACCCUUGAAAACUGGCUAGAGCAGGCCCAGUUAAUGCUGGAUGAGUGUGACGGUUCUGGAAAAGAGAAAAAGAAAAGGAUUGUUGAAAGUGUAAAAGGCCCAGCAUUCGAGAUAAUCCAGGCUGUGAGAUGCAAUGAUGCAGAGGCGCGUCCAGAAGAUUAUUUGGCAGCCCUGGAAAAUGCAUUUGGGAUCACCAAGUCCGGUGAAGAUUUUUAUUUUGCAUUCCGAUCCAUGCAACAGAAGUCAGGUGAAAGGCUAUCAGAUUACCUGAGGAGAUUAGAAAAGGCGUUGUCAAAAGCAGUCCAGAAAGGAGGCCUUUCCUCUACGUCCAGAGACCGAGCACGGGUGGAGCAGCUAUUAAGAGGUGCCGCAUCAGAAUCUGACAUCCUGCUACUCCAGUUGCGCUUGAAAGAGAGGUUAAGGAACCCUCCCUCUUUCAUGGAGUUACUGAGUGAGAUUAGAGUAGAGGAAGAUCAGAAGGUAACUAGACGAAAUCUCACCACAAGCGCGCACACAGUGCGUGUAGCAGAAGAGAGUACAGCCCGCUCUGCUGAGGUAGAUGCUCUUAAGACUCAAGUAAAAGCUUUAGAAGCUAAAGUACAGCAGCUAUCAGUCAAAGAGAGACCCUCAGUUUUGCACAUUGAUCCUGAAGUGCAGUCACUGAAGGAACAAGUGGCUAGUUUGCAACUGUUAAAUCAGCUCAGAGAGCAAGCAGCCAUGCAAGAGACCCCAAUAACACCAGAAAGGGACCACCAAAGGUUUAGAGCAAAGCAGCCCUUUAAACCCAGAAAAAGCAAUAACACCUUAGAUGGACAGAGUGUAUUUUGCUAUCGCUGUGGUGAGGAUGGCCACAUCACCAAAAACUGCAGUGGCACUGACAACCCCUCCAAAGUGAUAAGCAAGCUAAUCAGAAACAACCAAAAGCUCAAACAAACCCAAAAGGGUCCCCCAGCCAAUUCCACUGGACCAACAGGACAGGUAGGCCAACUCAAAAGUAGUUUCCGAGAGUUCAGCGCGCCAGCAGACAUCCCUAAAGGCUUAGUGGGUGAAUCUAGCAUUGGAAAAGUACUAAUUGAAGGACAACCAUGUGAUGCUUUAAUGGAUGGUGGCUCUAAUGUGUCAAUUGUUUUUGAAGAUUAUUAUAACAAGCACUUGUCCCAUCUACCACUUCACUCCAUUUCAAGCCUAGAGCUAUGGGGCCUAAGUCAGGUAAGUUACCCCUAUAAAGGCUACAUUGCAGCUGAGAUACAUUUUCUCGAAGAUGGUGAUCAGUGUGAGCCUAAGGUGGUGCUUGUGUUAGUCUGCCCAGAAGGUAAUGGCCCUGAAAAGCUGCCACUCAUUGUUGGCACCAAUGCCCGAGCAUUCAGUCAUGCCCCGCAGUCAGGUAAAGUUCAAGGUGACCCCAAGUUAGCUCGAACCAUGCGUGUAAGUACACAGCUACCUACCCAGUCUAAGUCACUACUCCCUCAUAGUGAUCCUCUGGCGGUAGUUAAGUGGAGUGGACCUGGACCUCUUACUGUGCCUCCUGGUAGUGAGCGUUCAGCUAUUUGCAAAGUGUUGUGUAACGAGAAACUUGAAGAUAGCAUUCUCUUGGUAGAGACUCCCUCCAACGGAGCCCUUCCCGCUGGAGUGUUAAUGCCCUCCUGCGUCCUGCUCUCCACAGAGAUGGAUUGCAACAGAUUUGCUGUAUUGUUGAAAAAUGAGUCUGCCAAGCCAAAAGCCAUCCCCAAAGGCACAGUGAUCGCCUAUGUGCACAAAGCAGAAGUUGUCACCCAGCUGCAGCAGGCAGAGACCCCAUCUGGCACACUUGAUCCUGCUAUCUUUAAUUUUGGUGACUCUCCCAUUCCAGAGACUUGGAAAACCCGACUGGCCCAAAAAUUGGCUGAUCGGCCUCAGGUUUUCUCCUUAUCCGAGUGGGAUGUGGGUUUGGCGAAAGGGGUGGAGCACUGUAUUAGGCUGAAAGACCCUAGCCCUUUCCGAGAGAGAGUCAGGCGCCUUGCUCCAGCAGAAAUUGAUGAAGUCCGCAAACAUCUUCAGGAGCUCCUUGCUGCAGGGAUUAUCAAAGAAUCCCGCAGCCCGUACGCCUCUCCCAUCGUGAUAGCUAGGAAGAAGAAUGGUAAGAUAAGGAUGUGCAUUGAUUAUCGCACCCUUAAUCUGAAGACCAUACCUGACCAAUACACCCUUCCUCGGAUUGAUGAUGCUUUGGCCAGCCUCACAGGAAGCCGUUGGUUUUCUGUACUUGAUCUUCGCUCUGGCUACUAUCAAAUCGCAAUGUCCGAGGAGGACAAGGAAAAAACAGCGUUCAUUUGCCCGCUUGGUUUUUAUCAGUUCGAGCGGAUGCCCCAAGGCAUCACUGGGGCCCCUGCCACAUUCCAGCGAUUGAUGGAAAAGGCAGUGGGAGAUAUGAACCUGCUUCAGUGUUUAGUUUACCUUGACGACCUCAUUGUGUUUGGUCGCACUCUGGAAGAACACGAAGAACGUCUUCUGCAUGUACUUGACCGACUGGCAGAGGUCGGCUUGAAACUUUCAUUGGAUAAGUGUCAGUUUUGCCAGCCGGAAGUAAAAUACGUGGGACAUAUUGUGUCCGCAGACGGUAUUGCGACCGACCCCAACAAAAUCAAGGCUGUAGCCCAGUGGCAGCCACCCACCCACUUGAAGUCGCUGCAGUCAUUUCUGGGGUUCUGUGGCUAUUAUCGUAAGUUCAUCAAGAACUACUCAGCCAUAGUUCGCCCUCUCACUGAUUUAACAAAGGGAUAUCCUCCUGUGAGGAAGGGGACAAAACCCGCCAAAUCUGAUGUCAAUGACUAUUUUCGACCAUCUGAGCCCUUUGGUGAGCGCUGGACCCCAGCCUGUGCUGAUGCUUUUCGCCAAAUCAUCCAAUGUCUUACCAGUGCUCCCGUAUUAGCUUUUGCCGAUGCAACAAAGCCUUACAUCCUACAUGUGGAUGCCAGCAUGGACGGGCUUGGAGCGGUCCUCAAUCAAGAAUACCCUGAAGGGUUGCGACCUGUGGCAUUUGCUAGCCGUAAGUUAUGCCAAUCAGAGAAAAACUACCCUAUCCACCAACUUGAAUUUCUGGCCUUGAAGUGGGCCGUAGUGGAUAAGUUCCACGAUUAUCUCUAUGGUGCCAGAUUCACAGUGAGAACUGACAACAAUCCGCUCACCUAUGUUCUCACCACGGCGAAGUUGAGCGCUACAGGCCAUAGGUGGUUGGCUAGCUUAACUACCUACGACUUUGACAUUAAGUACAAGCCUGGCAGAGAAAAUGUGGAUGCCGAUUGGUUGUCCAGGAAUGCCAUGGAAGAGGACGACGGAUGGAGACACAUUCCCCAAUCAGGUGUUAAAGCUCUCUGUCGCCCCUUUAGUGUCACUCAAUCAUCUAAGCUACCUGACCGUCUCAUAGACCAGUUGGGAGUUCCCCCAACUGUCAUCCCCCCUGCUUAUGCUUUAUCCAUGCCGCUCGGCGUGAGUCCUUUGGAACCGCUAAGCAAGGAGGAGCUGCGCACAGCGCAAGACAGGGACCCCGACAUCGGUGUUGCCAAACAAGCUAUGUUGCUUUGCUGCAACGAGAAAGCAGCAGGCUUCUGA